CGUCUCACGGGCAUUGCAGCGUAAGCUUUCCGCGGAUGUGGCGCGGCAUCAGCAGACCAUGCCCUAGUAUGGUUGUGGUAUAAAAUAGUGUCCAAGCACACUAGCGGUUUGUCAGGAUGACUUCAGAUGAUGCAUCUAAACGUGUGUACAAUGAGAGAGAAGCUCUACGACUAUGGAGCUUCGUUUCGGAGGUCGACUGGACGGAGCGGUGGAUCGUGGCCCUGUUAGUAUUCCAUGUGACCAUGUUCGCGGUCGCAGUACUGGCAAGGCGGAGGCUGAACAUGCAGUUUGCUAUCUUCGUAAUCCUAUUGUCCUUGGUGUACUUCUCAGAAGAUAUCAACACUUUUGCUGCCCAAAAUUGGAGGGCGUUCUCAAAUCAGCAGUAUUUUGACAGCCAGGGAAUGUUUGUAUCUAUCGUAUUUUCUAUGCCCAUACUUCUCAACUGCCUGCUUAUCGUGUGUAACUGGCUGUGGCGCACGAACGGCGCGCUCAGCCAGGUGAUGCGCCAGGAUCUCACCAACAAGCGGCGGGAGAGCAGCGCCAAGAAGGACGAGUGAGCCGGGGAGGGUCGCGUCGCGGCUUGCCGACGCCCGCGGCCUUUGCAAGGAUCACACUGCCGACGCGGGGCGGGGACGGGAAGGGUGGGCGCCGAGCUGCUGACACUGUGCCGGCAUCCUGGAUGGGACGUGCUCGUGGCUAAAUCAGCUGGAUUGCUGUGAGGUUCAGGUAGAAAUUGUAAGCUGGCCAUCCCCAGCUUGUGACGAUAUGUGUUGUGUUGAUGACUGAAGCUGGCCGUGUAAAUGUUACUCAUCGGUAUCCGUUUGCCGCCUUCAUCUAGACGUCGUGCACGGGAUGUUGUGAUAUUUCCCCGGCAUAACGAAUAGUGCUAUGGCGCUCCGAACAUCGACAAUAUUUCCGGCGAUGUGUACAUAACUGUGUGCUGAAAACAGGCCCAGUGCCAUGUUGACCAUUUGUGCUGUAACGGGUUUGCGUGUUUUUGAGUGCAGUUCGGGGAUAAACGUAUGCUGCAGAAAGGUUAACACAAACGUGAAGAUGAUUUUAUGCUGUAACGGGGCUAUUUACAAACAUUGUUUUGCGAGGUGACGGCUGAAAACUGUCACGCUCAGACGGAGCGAGUGCGCGCGCAUU